AUGUCUCUCUUCGGAGGGCAAACUCAGUCAGGUGGUGGACUAUUUGGAUCCGCUGCCGCAAAUAAACCCAGUGGCUUUGGCGGGUUCGGUUCGAGUACGACAGGAACACAGCAGAGCGCCGGUGGUGGCUUAUUUGGAUCGCCACAAACCCAACAGAGCUCUACAGGAGGGGGCCUGUUUGGAUCCAAUGCGACAUCGCAGCCGCAGCAGCAACAGACUGGCGGUUUUUUUGGGUCCUCAACGACAACCCAGACGCAGCCCCAGACUGGUGGAGGCUUGUUCGGAUCUACAACACAGCAGAAACCCCAGACAGGUGGUCUUUUUGGCGGUGCUUUAGGCCAGACACAACAACAACAGCAGCAGCAGACGACGACCGGCGGUGGAGGAUUGUUUGGGUCAACACUUGGGCAGCAGAAGCCGCAGGGGAGCAGCCUGUUUGGAGGAUUGGGUCAGCAGCAGCAGCAACAACAACAACAACAACAGACUCCACAACAAGGAGGCGGGCUAUUUGGAGGCCUUGGGGCUACUACACAGCAACAGCAACAACCUCAGCAGCAGAGUCUGUUCGGUGGAUCCGUCCUUGCAAGUCAACAGCAGCCGCAAUUGGGGCAGACUACAACACAGCAGCCAGGCUCUAGCCUGUGGUCACCAGGCCGCGCUGUUACAGGAGGUUCGUUUCGAUGGUCAGAUUGUCCAGACUUAAGCGCCAGGCUAACUUUGACCACAGUACAUCGAACUGUACCCAUGCAAAUAGAGAUCGUCAAGAACAAAUGGGACACGGGCAGUCGCGCGUCGCCAUUCAGAACGUAUUUGUACAAUCACGUCGGGGAUCAGGCUCCCUUCUAUCAGCCUACUGCGGAGGACGACGAAACGAAAUGGGAAGAGGCUCUACGCGAAAGACCCGGCUCCGGAUAUGUGCCGGUGUUGGUGAGAGGGUUCUGGGAGCUCGGCAAGCGAGCGCAGCGGCAAAAGGAUUUCCUCACAAUGGCCCAGACCCGCCUACAUGAGAUUAACAACUGUCUCACGGACCUGCUGUCUCGUCAUGACCUGAAGAUAUCUGUCAAGAUCGCCGACUGUCGCCGGAAACAUUUAGUUCUAAGCAAGCGCUGUCUCGCUUUAGCGGCAAAGACUCAAGUCCUCAGGAACCGAGGCUACGCAAUGGAUGAGGCAGAAGAAGAACUUAAGAAGAAGCUCGCACAGCUGGAGCGGUCUGUCUUUGAUCCCUCGCUCAACGGGCGGGCUGAGGAAAUCUGGGCCCGCAUGUUGGCGAUCCGGGAACACUCGAAACGCUUGCAGGCGGAGAUGGAGAAGGCGGGCGCUUCAACGGCUGCUCAGGGCGAAGAGGAAAUGGACGAGAAUACCAUGAAGACUGCAAAGAAGGUUUGUCUACUCCUUCGAAUCGCACUGCGUUCAAGCGUCCCUGUGGCCAGCUUACUAAUUUUUCCCAGAUCUUGGAUGAUUAUCACGCACAAAUCACACAUCUGCAAAAGGAAUUCGAAUCCGUCAAAAAGGAUUUUGAAGAGGCGCAGAAGCUUCAGGGACCGGUGGAUCAUUGAGAUAGAUAGGUCAACGUAA